AGCACAGGCCCUCUCGAGCACAGAAGCAGCGAGAUUAGCCGGUAAAGAAGAGAACGAGAAAUGGGUAGAUGGUUACCGCCUCAGCUGUGGAGUUAGUCGGUGCGAGAGCGUGAAGCCGAAUUGGUGUGUUUUUGUAAGAGAUAAAAUAAAUAUUAAUUAGUGUUAAAAAGGCCUCUCUAUUUCUUCUCCCGUAUUUCCGGUAGAGAUUAGGACCUAAGUAACCACACGCAUGAUCUCUUGGUGACAUCUACUGGCGACCCUGUUAAAAAAUUUAAUGGUAAAAAAAGUAAGAUCCCACUACAGAGAAAUUCCGAGAUCGCUUUGAAUGCUUUGAAUUGACGUAGCAAAAAAUUGAUGUAGCGUAGCAAGCCGGAGCUGCCCUCCUCGAAUCUGAGGAGACCCUGUGAACUUAACGUCGAUCGUCAACAACGUAUACGCGCGCGCGGCGUUCCCUGUGAGGUUUAUACCCCGGCGUGUUGUGACAGUUGAGACGCGUCGUACGCGUACGUGCAUGCAGCCAUACGUAUCCGUAUAUGUAUAUAAAAUAUACCGAGAGGGAGAGAGAAGAGAGAAGAAGAAAAAAGAAAGAGAGUGGAGUACGUGGGAACGGAGGGCGAAUGAGGAGGAGGGAGAGAAGAAACCAACAGGAAAACCAGUUGUGCAUAGAAGGCUGUGGAAUGUGAAUACACCGCGAAAGUGAUAAUCACGAUGAAUACGAAAACAAGCUACAAAUGCGGUCAUCAUUUUUACGACGAGAGCAAUCAUGCUCCAGCAUCAGAUGGAAGAGACGGACCAGGAGCCUUGUUGGACAUGCUAGCAGAAGUUGCCUCCCGUACUCUACGUUCUGAAUCAAUUCAUGCUAUCGACUCAUCGACCAAAAGCAAACAGAAAGUGAUCGACACGAAUGAAGAAGUCUGCUGGAACUUAGGGCGUAUCCAAUCUAUGCCUCCUAACCAACUGGUCAAACACUUUGCCAUAUUCAACGGAGACGAACUCAAAAGGCGGUACUCUUACGAAUGCAAUCUUAUACCUGGCUGUCGACAAAAAUAUACCAGUUUUGCCAGUGAAAGCAAAGCCAGAGUUUCUAUCACUACACACUUGGUGGACCAUUUGGAAAGAUUGAGAAACAGCCAGGAUUCUUGCGCAACUUUAAAAGCAACGUCAGUGAUUAAAAUUGGUACCAAACCCAAAGGAAGCGUAGAGCUGGGAAAAAAGUUCAGAGGACAACAGAGCAAGAAACCCCAAGAAACUCUGAACAAAGAGAACAAGCUUAUGAAGCCUGAGAGAUCGGGUAGUUAUUUGAGAAAGAUACUGUCCAAUGAGAUUAAUUUUAAAGACUUUGAAAGGGAGAAGAAACUCGAAGAUGAAAAUCGUAGCAUAGAAAGAUAUCCCAUCAAAAUAAAAAACGAGUACGAGAGCGAGAACGAAGCUCGCGCGUUGUUAGGGGAUCACAGCUAUUACGAACACGUGAAGGAUGAGGUUUCUACGAAUGGGGAGUAUACUCGGGAGGAAGCUGAGGCUGCAAUUGACGAGGCAAUGUCCGAGAACAUAAUGUUGAUGGUCGUGGAGAAAGAUCGUGUAAGAAUCGAGCAAUUGCCAUCUGAGGCGAGGAGGGAAGAGUUAGUCGAGUCUUUCGAAACUCGUGAUAUUUUCAGAGGGACCACAACUGCGGUGGUGCCACCGCCACCGCCGCCACCUGGAAAACCGAAGGGUAGAGCAAAAUUUAUAGGGACGAGCAAAGAAGAACGAGAAAUGGCUCUCGUUCUGAUGGAGCGAAUAAAAAAAAAGGGUAAUCCGAGCGGUAGCAACUUGCAGUGUCGAAUAUGUGACCCGCCACGAAGUUUUACCGCUCCGACGACCCUCGUAUCCCAUUAUCGAAGUCACGCUGGAAUUAAACCGUACGAGUGUAGAAUUUGUCGGUCCGUUUUUACAAGACGACACAGCCUCAAAUAUCACAUGCUCAUACAUCAGAAUCAAACACGCUUCACGUGCGCGGACUGCGGCAAAAAGUUUCGUCACCCUUCGCACUUCAGAGAACAUCGUCGACGUCAUACCGGCGAGUCACCAUUCGGCUGUGAGGAUUGCGGCCAAAGGUUCAAGACGAGAAACACGUACAAGCGUCACUUGAAGACGCGCCACGGUAAAGUUUUGACGACGAGUGGCGAAUUGUUGUGCCUGACGGAAGAAGAAUUUCAAAAAGUUCAAACGAAUAGAAAGAGAAAGACACGAAGUGUAUCAUCGGAUUGUCCAAUGGAUGAGGACGAGUCAAGGCUUCAAAGCGAAAAUAACAACGAGGAUAGUGCUAUUGAGACGAUCAAGACUGAAACGAUGGCUGAUGACAACGGCGACAGUAUACUGUACGACGGCAUCGUGGAUGAGGCAGGCGAACAAUUAAUGCAUUCGUCGAUCGCGAUGCUCGACGAUCUUGCCAAUUGUGAGAACGGAGAAUAUGCCAACGUGGAGAUUGAAUACGACGACACGAGUCAAGAGGGUGUCGUGAUCGCGGAUAACACGGACGAGACCAUGGUGAAUUACAACUCGGAGGAAUAUUACGAAGCAGGAGAUUCGAUAGAAUUCGAAGAAAAACCGACUCCAAAUCACGACAGUCCAUCAAUCCUCAACAAAUUCCCAUCCGUUCGGAGGAACAAAAACUACAACAAUAACAACGACGAGGACGAGGAACAAGUAGAAGAGGAGCAAGUAGAAACGAAUGAAACGAUAACCUUGCAGGUGGAUGAGAAGAGCGCGUUCAUCGUACUGUCGAAUAAUCAUUUCAAGGCUGAUUACGUGCGUAUUGAACGAGAAAUAGAUGACGGGAUGAUCAUUACCUAAACGUAAACAAAAGAAAAAUCUUGCACCAGUUGGCAAAUCCAACGUAUUAUAUCGCGCAUACAGACAUAAUUGUCUUUUUGUACCUCUAUUCACUUGUGAAUAACAACAUAUGCUAAGCUUUGGAACGAGUCGUUGAUCCGUGUCGAGAAUGGUUGUGCCAAAUUACAAGAAUUUUUUAUUUCAAACAAGCCUGCAUUGCAGCUUUUAUUUUCUUAAUUUCAAAAAUUAUUUUUUCAUUACAAGCCACCGAACCAGAGGAAUGGCCUAAACGUGUGCAGUGGCAGCACAAAAUAAACAAAACAAAGCGGCUCAAAAAAAGUCUUCCAAUAUUUCGAUGACUCCGUUCCACGUUUAGUACUUAUCGUAUAUACAUAUAUAUAUAUAUAUAUAAUAUAAUAAUGAUACAUUACAUCUUUCAUUCCAUUACUCGAGAAGAUAAACAACUAAGAGUGAAAAAGGGAGAUGUCGUUAGUGUGUUAACGAAAGCGCAACACGAGUGCCUUAAUGCGCGAGACAAAGAGAUUGAUAGAAAUUCCAACGAGAUAUACACGAGUUAAAUUGAGUUGAAAUGAAGUGUUUUAGUUUUUUUUUCUUAAUUUUUUUUGUUAACAAAGAAAAAAACUAUAUAUAUCCCGAGAGCCGCGACAACGUAACGGAUUACGGCGCCUCAAGCCACAUGACGAUGUAACAUUGUAUUUUUAUACGCUUUUUGUACUUGCCUCUAAUAAAAUAUUGCAGGAAGAGAUGAAAAAAAGGAAGGAAAAAAGGAUUAAAAA